CACCCCUUUUUAACCAACGGUACCACAAAGCUCCUAAUUCACUACCUGGUUAUCUCUCGCCUCGACGUCCGCAACUACCUCCUCAUUGGAUUACCUUUACAUAGGCUAUCUCCCCUCCAGUCCAUCCUUCCCAACCGUUCAGUGUCUGCUACUUCUCUCUGCCAACCCCUCCACUGGACUCCACUCAGUGUCCUCCACCCCUCUCUGCCAAUCCCUCCACUGGCCUCCACUCAGUGUCCUUCACCCCUCUCUGCCAAUCCCUCCACUGGCCUCCACUCAGUGUCCUCCACCCCUCUCUGCCAAUCCCUCCACUGGCCUCCACUCAGUGUCCUCCAUCCCUUUCUGCCAAUCCCCCCACUGGCCCCCAUUCAGUGUCCUCCACCCCUCUCUGCCAAUCCCUCCACUGGCCUCCACUCAGUGUCCUCCACCCCUCUCUGCCAAUCCCUCCACUGGCUUCCACUC